GGUCACUGGGCUUUACUUUCGUUUUCCCUUCUCUACGUCGCACAGCUGAUCGGUUUAAAACCCCACGAACGGACUCACUGACUCAGUGUAAAGGCAGUGGACAGGACCUGCUGAGCGGAGGACGCUGCGGGAUGGCAGGUGAUUUAGAGCUGCGUGGAUACCAGGAGGAAGUGGUAGAAAGGGCUCUUCGGGGAGAAAACACCAUCAUCUGGCUGCCGACGGGGAGUGGAAAGACCCGUGCUGCGGUGUAUGUGGCCAAAAAACACCUGGACAGCACCCCUGGGGCUAAAGUGGUGGUCCUGGUGAACAAGGUUCACCUUGUAGUACAACUUUACACCAAAGAGUUCGAGCCGCACCUGGGACGUGACUACACCCUGGUGCCAGUCAGUGGGGACAGCAAGGAGAAGGACUUCUUCGGGCCCGUGUUGAAGGACUCGGACGUGGUCAUCUGCACAGCACAGAUCUUGUACAAUGCGAUGACCAACAUGGAGGAGGCCAAACACGUGGAGCUCUCAGAUAUUACUCUACUGAUAAUCGAUGAGUGUCACAACACCCACAAGGAAUCCGUCUACAACAAGGUGAUGGCGUGUUAUGUGGAGAAGAAGCUGAAAAGAGAACUGCCGUUGCCACAGAUCUUGGGUCUCACUGCUUCACCGGGUACCGGUGGCGCAAAGGUCCUGGAAAAGGCCGUGGACCAUGUACUGGAGAUUUGUGCAAACCUGGACUCUGCCAUAGUUUCAACUAAAAACUAUGUGUCCGAGCUGAAGCAGAAGGUACCCAGACCUGUCAAGACGUUUGACAUUGUGGAGAAAAGGCUUGUGGACCCAUUGAGGGAUCAUCUUAAGUGCAUGAUGGAGAUGAUCCAUGAAUACAUGAACAUUCCCCCGGACUUCAACCUGAGAGCGUGUGGCACGCAAGAGUACGAGGCAGAUGUGGUGAUCCUGGAGCAGAACGGAGUCGGACAGAACAACCGACUGCUGGCACAAUGUGCUCUCCACCUCAGACAGUACAACGAUGCCCUGCUCAUCAACGACACCCUGCAGAUGAUGGAUGCUUAUCGCUCCCUGGAGGAGUUCUACAAAAACAAGUCGACCAGAGCGAUUGACGGAACGGACAUCUUCCUGGUGGGACUUUUCGAAGAGAACCGCGUUGAGCUGAAGAAACUGGCGAGAGAUCCUCGCUAUGAGAACCCGAAGAUGGCCAUGCUCGAGACCACUCUACUAAAACAGUUUGGUCCAAAUGUGAAGUCCAAGGGAAUCCUCUUCAGUAAAACACGCAAAAGCAUCUAUUGCCUAAAAGAAUGGGUCCUCGGCAAUGAAGCCCUGCGGGAAGCCGGCAUCAAGGCAGCCAUCCUCACCGGGGCGGGAAAUGGUAUCACUCACAUGACGCAGCAAAAGCAGACGGACACGAUCCGCGAUUUCCGCGACGACAAAGUCAACCUCCUGAUCUCCACCAGCGUGGCCGAGGAAGGCCUCGACAUCCCCGAAUGCAACCUGGUGGUGCGCUACGGGCUGCUGACCAAUGAGAUUGCGCAGCUGCAGGCCGGCGGACGCGCCAGAGCCAAAGAGAGCCGGUAUUCGGUGGUCGCCGAUAAAGGGGGAAAGGAGGUGAGGCGGGAGCUCACCAAUGAAUGUCUGGAGAAGCUGUCUAUAGAAGCCAUCGCUAGGGUCCAGGAAAUGAGCAUCCCGGAGUUUCGCACAAAGAUUACCCAGCUACAAAAGGAGGCAGUUAUUUUCAGGAAAAUGACGGAGGCGGGCAAAAGAGAGAAGAGAGGUCGCAACAGUGCCGCUAGCGUCCAGCUCUUGUGCCGAAACUGUCUGACGGUCGUGGCCCGCGGCUGCGACAUCAAACUGCUCGACGACGUGCACUAUGUCAAUGUCAAUCCCGAUUUCAAGAAACACUACAGAGUCGGUGGGGAAGUGAUGAUCGGAAAGAGUUUUGAAGACUGGGAGCCCGGGCGGACGAUCAAUUGCAGCAAGUGCAACCAGGACUGGGGAUUCGAGAUGAAGUACAAGAAAAUUGCCCUUCUGCCUAACGUAGCUAUUAAGAAACUGGCCCUGGCCACUCCUCAGGGCAUAACGACUGUGAAGAAGUGGAAGGAUGUCCCUUUCCCUGUCGAGGACUUCAACUUAGAAGAGUACUGCCAAGACCACUUACCUGACCUGUUUGACUGAGGAGAGCUCUGUGUCACAUGUCAUCUUUUGCUGGUACCAUCAUAUAACAUCAUAAGUGCUGUUAUACAUAAAUGUCCUGCUCACGUGCUUGCAGCAGUGAGGCAGCAGUGGGCCGGUCAUGCUUGAAAAUAGCGUGACAGCUUUGUUUAUGCCCCUUUGCAUUUUUUUUCUUCGUGUGUACUUCCUCCGCUUCAGGCCAAGUGAAGCACAGAAACAAAGCACACAAUGAACUGUGCCGUAACGAGGACCGUAACCAUCAUGAACUCUCUUUUAGCUUUUUUAAGAUGUUUUAAUGAGAAACUUAGUAUGCAUGUAGGUGUGUCUGUGGUAUGUGGAUAUUGUGUAUACUGAUCAUCUCAAAUAAUGCAUGUACUUAUUUAAGUGUUUUACAUACAAAUGCUUUUAAAUCAUUUUUGUUACGUUUCCCUAAUUGUAAUUAUGGACAAUAUAAAUUUACCGCUAUAAUUUUAAUAAACAUUCGUCUUAAAUGCCUGAAAUGUUUUGUAAUGUCUCGUAACCACUAGGUGUCAGUGUUGAUUAGCCAAUUAUGUCAUUUUCUCCACUUCAGACAUAGAGUAAAAAUGCAGUUGAGGAAGAAACUCUUCUUGCACUCAUCAAACUUUGCGAAUGUAUCCUUGAGCGAGACACAUGUUCCCUAAAGGGUUUCAUGAGAGCAGCUCAUUGUGUGGCACUAGCAGAUGGUUGGCUAUAGCCCGCAGAUACAUGUAUGUGACAUCUGGAAGAGAGCAAUGCACUAAACUGCCAGAAAAGGGAGUACUUUUACACACUUUUA